GUCGCGAUAAGUCACAACUUUACAGUCACGCGCGAUCCUUAAUCGCGGUAGUGCUAAUUAAAUUGUGCCAUAUUCGGCAAUGGAUUUUAUAAUCGCAUGGCUAGACGCAAAUGGAAAGCACGCUUCAGAUGGCAGCGUUGAAAGAACAGAGAAAUAAAGCUUUUCUGUCUCACAAAAGAAGAAUACAUACAUAUGUAUUUCCUUAUUGUUUCAAUCUACGUGGCGCUAUUGCGCCGAUUUACGGCUGUUAAAGUAUGGAGAGUAUUUGGAGAGGUAUUAUAAGGAACUUUAUUCUAAUAUUCACGUAAUUUAGGGCACAAGAUUUCACACUGCACCUCUCCCUUUUUUCUCAACGGAGUCCUAGGCCAUCAUACAACGCUCACAUACAUACUAUGGAGGGGAUACGUACUUGUGUGUGUUUUUGCUCUACGUAAUCACUCUUGCACGUAAAAUACAAAUGUACCAUAUAUUCAAUAACAACAACCGCUCGUCUGAUGCCGGUCUUAGUUUGAAAAACCUGACUACGGAUUGGGAAAGGUGAUAAAUGAUGAACCUUUUGACAAGAGGACUGAUAACGAGUCAAACAGUUCAGUACUUCCCUCAGAAUCUUGGCGAUACAUUGUAUGUCCCAUGAGGCAUGCGAGUUGAUGCCGCGAGACUAAGCACUGAUUGCCAAUUUUUCGAAGCUGGACAUAGAUACAUAGCUAUCUUGUAACUAUACUGCUAUUAUCAGUACCAGAAAUACGUUGGGUUGUCGUCGAUCGUUCAGUAGUCGUCAUAUUAUCUUUGAAGAGAACGCUUUGUAUAUAAUAGAGAAAUGAACAUUAUUUUGCUCAUUAGCAGUUGGUAGAUAAUAGUAUUAAAUCAUGAGACAUAAAUUGAUAUACUAGUUCCGUUUGCUGUGAACACUAUCAAUGUUCUGCAUGAUUACAACUCUUCCGGUGAUGCAAAUAAGAAGGAAAACCUUUGUUUGAGUUAAUGAAUUAAAAACUAUUUGAAAGUGAUCUGUAGAACAGCAUAAAUCAGAGACAUGGCAACUGAAGUGACAGAGUCACAACCUUUCAAAAACUUAAAAGAAUUAUUUGAUAACGUGGGUAAUUUAAAACCAUGGCCAGAAAUUAAAGAACUAAGAGAUUCAACUGAUUAUGUGUACAGUGGUUUAGAAGUAAGCGCAGAAAGAAUGCAGUUAGAAAAAUUGGAUAGAGAAGUACAACCGAGAACGCUGCUUUGUCAUGAUAUGAAAGGUGGUUACCUAGAAGACAGAUUUAUAUAUGGAUCAAAAUCUUAUGAUUCUUACCUAUUUUAUCAUUGGAGUGUCAUCGACACAUUUGUGUAUUUUAGUCAUCAUUUCAUAACUGUGCCACCUUUUGGAUGGAUUAAUGCAGCACAUAAUCAUGGUGUAAAAGUUCUUGGUACUGUAAUUACAGAAAGAGAAGGUAUCUGGGAUGUUAUACUUGAAUCUCAGGAAGAAGUAAGAAGGUUUGCAGAUGCACUAAUACUUGUUGCAAAAUUUUAUAAGUUUGAUGGCUGGUUAUUAAAUGUUGAAAAUACCAUUAAAAGUGAGCAAGUUAAUAAUUUAAUUUAUUUCGUAAAAUAUCUGACAGAAAAUAUUCACGAAGCAAUUAGAAAUUCUGAAAUUAUAUGGUACGAUAGCGUAACCAAUGAAGGAAAAUUAAAUUGGCAAAAUGAGCUUAAUAGUAAAAACAUAGAUUUCUUUUUAAACUGCGAUGGCAUUUACUUGAAUUAUAACUGGACGAAAUCAAAAUUGGAAAACAGUUUGGCACUCGCAAAAAAUCACAACAGAAAUAUUCAUGAUAUUUACGUAGGACUUGAUAUUUGGGGAAGAGGUUGUCCUGGUGGUGGUGGAUUUAAUUCAACAUAUGCUUUACAAAAAAUACGACACGAAGGACUUUCUGUUGCGAUUUUUGGUCCAGGUUGGACUCACGAAUUUUUCGGAUCUAAGACAUUCCAAGAAAUAGAAGAUCUAUUUUGGGCACAGUUGUUUCCUUAUUUAUAUGUUCAUGUACCUAUCUAUGAAGAAGAAGAAUUCAAAACAUCAUUUUGCCGUGGCAGUGGCAGCUUGUAUUAUCGCUGCGGUCAGGCACUAUAUGAAAUGGAAGGAACAAAAUUUAAAUACAAACCAUUUUACAAUUUAUCCCUGCAAACUCCACAAAUUUCAGUACCUAUACCGCACAUGAAAUUUACAUCCUCUCCUCAACUUCCAGAACCAAAAAGUGAAAACGAUCGAAAUGAGUGUUCAAAAGAACCGAUACAAUAUGUUUAUGAAACGAGGAAAAAUGUCAUUCGAGUAUUAAAAAAUGUUGUAAAUAUUGAAAAUAAAAUGCCAGUGCUACAUGUAAAUAGCUUCGAAUUUUGUAGCCAGUUUUCUUUCGAAGGUGGAGGUUGCAUAAAAUUAACUACAAAUGAUCUUACGACUAGGUCAUAUCACAGACUAUUUCUCGCUCACAUCGAAUUUCAACAAGACAUUGUAGCAAUUAUUGCUUAUAAAGAAAUGGAGUCGUCCAUAGCAAAUGGAAGUCAACACGAACCAAUACUAGUUCUCGGCAAUAAUACUGGCUUAAAAUUCAUCGUUCAUUAUAAAUCAAGGGAUUUGGUUUCAAACUGGAAAAAAUGCGUUUACCGGACGAACAUGAGGACUGUGAACGAAAUUGGUAUAUCUUUCGCGAGGAGUAACGUCUGCUAUCUGGGAGAGAUCAUCCUCAAACAAAAGCAGCGACACCUGGACGCUAACUCUACUGAUCAUAUUGCUACCAGGAUUCAAUCAUCAUUUCCAAAUACAACGUCGAAUAAAUCUAUAGCUGCAAAUAUUGCGAAUGUUAAAUUUGAUAUUGACAGAGCUGGCCAAGAGAAGACUGAUGCUACAAUAUCUAAAAAUAAUUUUAUAUGUGACACGCUUGAAGGAGGAAAUAAAACAAAUAAAGCAAAGAUAUCUGAAAAUGGAGUUUCGCGGAUCUCAAAAAAUAGUAUUAAACUUCAAAGGAAUGAAGGUAAUGAUGUAAAGACUGAUGUAAAGCAAAAUUCAGAAAAUCUGAAGAAAGACUCAACGCCAGAAUUUCAAGCGAUUAAGACUUCUAGUACAGUAUCAGCUCCUCUUUUUGCAACUUCAUUCUUUUCCAGUGCUUUUGAAGCUCUAACAUUGUCAGAUAAUAAAUGUGCAAAAACUGUACAAACACCUGACCCAGCUUCAGGUACAUGUCAAAAAGCAUGGAUCCAUGAACGUUGCGCGCAAGUUGAACUUGCAAUUCCCAAAUCAUCAAUUUUAGCACCAAAUACUCUUAGUUUAUCUAAUAAACAAUAUGCAUUUGGUGACGCAAGUACGAGUCAGUGUCUUACUUCUCCAACAUCAAAAAGUAAAGAGUCAAUGUGUGAUAAUGCAGAGAGUAGAUCUACAGCUUUCUCUUGGAAACCAACGACGACAACAUUAUCAAGUCCAACAUUCCAAGUACCUCCUACUGCAUCAGAAACUUUGCAUAAUUCUCCAACAUCCAAAUCAUCAAUUUUAACACCAACUACUUCUAGUUUAUCUAAUAAACAAUAUGCAUUUGGUGACGCAAGUACGAGUCAGUUUCUUACUGCUCCAACAUCAAAAAGUAAAGAGUCAGUGUGUGAUAAUGCAGAGAAUAGAUCUACACUUUUCUGUUGGAAACCAACGACAAUAACAACAUUAUCAAGUCCAACAUUCCAAGUACCUCCUACUGCAUCACAAACUUUGCAUAAUUCUCCAACAUCCAAAUCAUCAAUUUUAACACCAACUACUUCUAGUUUAUCUAAUAAACAAUAUGCAUUUGGUGACGCAAGUACGAGUCAGUUUCUUACUGCUCCAACAUCAAAAAGUAAAGAGUCAGUGUGUGAUAAUGCAGAGAGUAGAUCUACACUUUUCUGUUGGAAACCAACGACAACAACAACAUUAUCAAGUCCAACAUUCCAAGUAUCUACUGCAUCACAAACUUUGCAUAAUUCUCCAGCAUCCAAAUCAUCAAUUUUAACACCAACUACUUCUAGUUUAUCUAAUAAACAACAUGCAUUUGCUGACGCAAGUACGAGUCAGUUUCUUACUUUUCCUACAUCAAAAAGUAAAGCAUCAGUGUCUGAUAACGCAGAGAGUAGAUCUACACCUUUCUGUUGGAAACCAACGACAACAACAGCAUUAUCAAGUCCAACAUUCCAAGUACCUCCUACUGCAUCACAAACUUUGCAUAAUUCUCCAACAUCCAAAUCAUCAAUUUUAACACCAACUACUUCUAGUUUAUCUAAUAAACAAUAUGCAUUUGGUGACGCAAGUACGAGUCAGUUUCUUACUUUUCCUACAUCAAAAAGUAAAGCAUCAGUGUCUGAUAACGCAGAGAGUAGAUCUACACCUUUCUGUUGGAAACCCACGACGACAACAACAUUAUCAAGUCCAACAUUCCAAGUAUCUACUGCAUCACAAACUUUGCAUAAUUCUCCAGCAUCCAAAUUAUCAAUUUUAACACCAACUACUUCUAGUUUAUCUAAUAAACAACAUGCAUUUGGUGACGCAAGUACGAGUCAGUUUCUUACUGCUCCAACAUCAAAAAGUAAAGAGUCGGUGUGUGAUAACGCAGAGAGUAGAUCUACACCUUUCUGUUGGAAACCCACGACGACAACAACAUUAUCAAGUCCAACAUUCCAAGUACCUCCUACUGUAUCAGAAACUUUGCAUAAUUCUCCAGCAUCCAAAUCAUCAAUUCUAACACCAACUACUUCUAGUUUAUCUAAUAAGCAAUGUGAAUUUGGUGGUGCAAUUUCAUGUAAAUCUUCUACUUCUGCAGUAUUAGAAGAUAAAUCUACAGCUUGCGAUUCAACAAUAACAAACCAAAAAGAAACAACAUAUAAUACAACAAUAUCAAAGGAUACCAACCAGUAUGAGAUACCAACUGCAAUAUCAACUUCAUUUGUCACAUUAUCAGCGACAUCAAUAGUAUCUGGUAAUACUACUUUUACAAUGUCUACCAGCGAGUCAACGCCUCUUAUACAUGUACACCAAACAUUUAUAUUUAAUGCCAUUCCUACUGAACCAGUUGUAAUGCCUACGACUCUAUUCAAUUUUUCUGCGAAUAUCAAACCUGCUGUAUCGACUGGAAAUGAAGCAUCCGGUUAUACAUUUAGCGGACCUAAUCCGGAACUAGCAGCAUUUCCGCAAUGUACAACUACAAGUUCAUUUUCUACAUCGCAACCUGUUACGCAAAGUCAACAAUUGUCUACUUCAUCAGCUAUUCCUUUAAAAUGUGCGUUUAAUGUUGAUUCAUCUCCAGGAGAUUGUGCAGCUGAACCUGCUUCAAUCCAAUCUGAGGGAUUUGAUUUUAAUCCUCCUAAUACUAGUCCAUCGUUCCAUUUUAAUGUUUAUAAAUUUAAUGCGCCUGUUCAAGUACAACAAGGCACUGCGUCCAUUCAAGUACAACGAAGUACUGCGUCUACUCAAGAACAACGAAAGUACAGGAAACAUUUUAGAAGAUUAAAAUAGGGGUCAAGUAACAGCAUUCUUUUUAUACAGUUGCUCAUGAAAGUGUUCAUAUUCUAGUAAAUGACACCUUUUAUGAAUAUACUAUAUGUCUUGUAAGAAACAUUUUGAAAUGUUAUUAGUAUCGUAACAAAAUCCGAUUGUCAUAGUUAUAUUGGUAAAGUUUUUAGCAAAUCUGAAAAUAUACAUAGAUAUUACAAAACACCUAACACGAAUAUGUAGAUAUUUUGUACAUGUCAUGAAAGUAUUUAAACAGUCUAUUUUCCAUAUGUAUAAAAUAAGCCUAAAUAUUUACUGGGACCACUUUUGAGACUUAUUGUAGGCAUACCUAAGGAAAUGAUUAAUGCUGUGUGCUAAUCUUUAUUAAAUAUAUGUUUGUAAAUAAGUUCUAUGUAUAUUUUCAGAUUUGUUUUAGACUUUUCUAUUAUAACAAUAGUAGUUGUAAAAUACUUUUAUAAGCCACUGUAUCUAUUUCAUACAACUACGUGCAUGAAUAUGUUUUGAAUAUAUUUGGUGUUUGGAAA